AUGGAUUGGAUCUUCAAGGAUGAGUCCUCGCCAGCCAUCUUGGAGGCCAGCGGCGACUCCGAGACUGACUCUCUUUUGAUUGCACCAUCGAUGACUGCUGGAUUUGAUGAUGAUGAUGCAGAGUCUUGCAGCGGCCGUAGUGGUGAUGACAACGAUGCUUCUCCAAGGGAUGAGAGAAAGAUGUCUUGGAGGAGUUGGUUGGUAGAGUAUGCCUCGCAGUGCAAGCAUAUGAAAUUUGAUGAUGAGCAAGAGGGGGAUAGAUUAUGCACUCAUGGAACCACAGAAGACAAUGGAUUGAUGCCGAUGGAAGAGGAGAAGUCUAUGAUGGCAAGGGAGAGAGAGAGUGCACACGCCAGUCCACUGGCAUAUGGGGCAUUGCAAUUUUUUCGGCUCUACGACUUCACUGAGAAGGGUAAUGUUGAUCCAUCUCUUAAUGCAACUUAUGUAGCAUUCUCUAAAAUCCAAUGCAAGAAUUUAUCUGACAACACCAUUGCAGUACCUAUGAAACCUACAAGUAGCACUACUUCCAACAUCCGUCGCAACGAGAACUUGAAGUUGCAUCAAUGGUUGUUCCAAUCUGAUGUUGCACUCCUCACCAACCACUAUUGA